UUUAUUAUAAUAUUAAGUUUGUUAGUCGAAAUUUCAUUAAGUGCGGGUGUAUUUCAAAAGGGGUCUUGUGAUUUGUUAUAAUUAAAUAGAAAAAACCGAAUAUAAUUUUUCAAAGAAUUUGCUAUUUAACACGUUACAAAAAUGCCUCAAAGAAGUACUGGAAAUUGGUCAUUUAGCCCAUACACAAACCGCAAACAAAUGCGCCAUCUAGCGCCUGUGCCAGAAAUAGAAGCAUCUGAAAGAUACCCAGACAACUCUUCUAUUUUGCAAAUGAAAACACCGAAAUGGGGUGAAAUACCAGCAUCUGGUAACCCUGAUGAAGACUAUGAUUACAACCAAAACAAUAGUUUAAGAAAAAUGGAAGGAGAAAAGCAGGAGGCCAAGAAUUUGCAAAUGGAGUUUGAAUGGGUGCUAAGGGAGGAGGUGCAUCAUUUGUUAAAAAAAUUAAAAUUGACACUCAUUGAAUGUGCCCAUCGAUUUCCUGUUCCUUUAUAUGAAAACGAAGGUAAAAAGACUGAAAAAUUUAUACUCUCUGUACAACCGCCCGAUCAGCUAAAGGCUAUCUUAACUUUAACUGGUGAUACUAUAACAAAGGCGGAUAUUAGCUUUAAGUUAUCAAAGCCACCUCAUCAAAUACAACGCACCUCUAUUACACAAGAUUCCCCAUGGAAAUUGCAACAAGUACAAGACGCUGCCAAUCAUUUGCAGCAGGCCAUUAAUCAUAUUGAUGACGUUGAUGAUUCGUAUCACUUUAAAACCUCCGAUGAAGUAUUACAUGUUGUGGGAAAUAUAUUGGAAGCUUUACAACGAGGACGUUUAUCGCUAAUAAUACCUAAAAAGAAACCGAUCGACGAGUUAAUAAAGGGACGUAAUAUGAAAUCUCUGUCUCCAAAUUUAUCAGAAGAUUUGGCUGUUAGUUUUUAUUUACAAUCACACAAAUUGAUUAUAGCCGUUUAUCAAUUGACCAAUAUACAGGGUGUUAUGAGAUUUGAUACUUGUCAAGCGGAAGCUUCAGUAAAUUGGCUAAACGAGGUGUUGAUAAUGUUAACAGCCGGUCUGCAAUUAUGCCAGCAAUUGAAAGAUAAAAUCUCAGUUUUUUCGCUUUACAAAGAUUUUAAAGUUGGCUCCCGCUCUUCAUCGGCCUUAUCUUAUUGAUCACAUAUGCGAGAUAACUUUUUGGGAUUUUCACGAAAAGGUCUUAGGUUGUAUUCUUAUUUAUAUAAUAUAAAUGAAAACAAAUUUUAAAUCGGUAUUUCCACUAUCGAAUAUUGUUAUAAAUUGCAUCAAAUGCUUAACUAUUUUAUUUCCUAUAACUAUUAAAUGAUAAUUUAUACUCAAAGCUUCAGGUUUCCAAUUUAAACGAAAUGCCUUCUUAACUAAAAACCAUUACAGUACUUAAAGUAAAAACAAUCUAACACUUAUAUAUGUAUGUAGUAUAUACAUAUUUAUGUACAAUGUAUGAUUUAAAACAAAAAAAGACACCAAGCUGCCUUAAGCACAAUUUAUAAGAUUUUUUUAUUUGUUAUAACUAUUAUUGUAUUUUAUUGAAAAACUACUGUUGUCAUUGUAAUGCUUUUUUUAAAUUAUAAAAAAUUAAGUGUUUUUGUACAAUUAUAGAAAGCAUAUACAAUUAAUCAAUAUCAAAAGCAAAACCCUCAAUGUUAAAUAAAACUAUUAGAAUAUCUGUUAAAUGUUUAGACAUUGUUGUGACAUUUAUACUCACAAAUUUUGUAAUUAUUUAAUAUUCUUUUUUGUACUUAACAUUUAUUUUAGAUAAUCAAUCCCCAUAAUUGCCAUUACCAUAGAGAAUCAUACAUAGAGACGAGACACUCCGAGUUGUCAAACAAAAAUACAACAAAUCAUAUGUCUGAUACAACAACAAAAUACAUUGACUAGCAUGUAUUUUGUUGUUGCAAGAGAUAGGUUUUUGACAACAGACUUAGGUUUUUGACAAUUACGUCUCGUCUCUAUGUUACCCUAUGGCCAUUGCCAUGAAGUUUUGUUAUGUUUAAUCGGCAUGUUUGAUUAAAAUUCCGAUUAUUCAACACAUAAUUUGUAUACAGUCAAAGUCUGUUGUAACGAACAUGUAGGGAUUCCAAAUUCUGGUUCGCUAUAAACGCAGUUUUUUUUUAUAUUCGUAACAAAAUAAUGAUACAAAAGGAGAAUAUUAAUAUUUUCUAUUUUUGGUAGGUUUUCAAAUAUUGCGGAUUAAAUAGAUUGUGAUAUUAUAAAAGCUUUUUGAAUUAUAGUUUUUUAAAAGUGUAAUUUAGUUUUUCUUUAACGAAAUUGUUUGGAUAUUACUGUUAUUUAUUUUUGGAAAAUGUUUGUCACAAUAAAUACAUAGUUCGUUUUUAUAAAAGUGUUUGACUGUAUAUAUAAAUUAUAUAUGGCCCUUUAUUACAAUUAUUAUUUUAAUAAAAAAUAUAUAAAAUUGAUUGCGUAUUUCUUAUGUUUAAUAAAUUAUUCUAAAUUUUAAAAUAUUUUUAAUAAAUGUAAUGAACUAUGAUUCACAUUUUGGUGGAAAAAAGGUAA